AGUUCCGUGUAAAACUUGUUAGAUAGUGGUAUGGUCAAGCAACGAAUUUACGUAUGUACUUACAUACAUACAAUUGUGCAGUAGAUGUAUGGUAUUUAUGUAACGUGUGCUUGUCAUGUGUGGUAGAACGCGCAGUAUAGUUUCGUGAUAUAGAAGUAAAUCGAUCGAUUCAACAGAUAUAAUUUUUUGCAAGAAAAUAAAAGGAUAUCUGUAUAAUCGUAAAGAGUACAAGAAAUUGAAUACGCUAAAACGGAAAACAAGCAGAAUAGCAAUUAACAGAUUUUGAUUUGCUCGUUCUGCUUUGUGGGUGAAAUGUGUAAUUUCCGUAACUAAAUCAUAGCAAAUGGAAGAUUUUAAAGUGAAAGAUGAACCGAUGGAUGCGUUAAACAUAGACAGUCAGGUUAUGGACGAAAACAUUGUAAGCGUUGUACUUAAAGAGGAACCAGGCGAUAGAUUUGAUCCAGACUACAUGGAGGACAUCUGCUCUGGGACAUUCGAGAAGGUAUUUUUACCUAUCGAAAAUAACGAAGUUGACUUCUCUAAUGAAAUGGUAAAACUCGAAUUGGAUGGGGAAUCCAGUAGUCAUCAAAAUUGGACGGCACAAAUUGCAAGCACGAAUUUGUGUGACAAAGAAGAUGGUGCUGUACAAAGGAGCUUAACCAAUCCAAACUUUGCUCAAGUGCAUGAUGCAGAAAAACAUCCUGGGUUCUGUCAAAAUGGACAGCAACCGAAAUUUUAUAAAAUACAAUGUUCAAUUUGCAAAAAAUGGUUUUUGAAUAAUGAUUCUAUGGUUACUCACUUGAGAAUGCACUGUAGUGGAAAUCAAUGUGAAGUUUGCCAACAAAAUUUUCAGGAUAAUUCUAGUUUACAUGCUCAUAUGUUGACUCAUGUUGGAAUGAGCCCACUGGAAUGCAAUGUCUGUCAAAAGCGAUUUGCUUACAAAUGGUGUUUGCGUAGUCACAUGCAAAUGCAUGUGCUAGAAAAACCAUAUGACAAUGAUGCGUUACAACAAGUGUUUAUGAAAAGACCAGAUUCUGAGCAUGAUCAAUCAUUGAACAUAGAGGAAAGAGUAUUUGAAUGUGAUGUUUGUCACGCGACAUUUAAAGAGAAAUCUAGUCUAAAUCGUCAUGUGCUUACUCAUACAGAGGAACGUCCAUACAAAUGCGAUGUAUGUUUUGCAACAUUUAGGGAAAAAGCAAAGUUGAAUAUGCACAUGACAUUACACAGUGGAAACAAACAGUUCAAGUGUACAAUGUGUCAUAGAUCGUUCACACAGAAAACAGCAUUGAACAACCAUAUGUUAGCGCACAGUGGUGAAAAACCACACGCAUGUAAUAUUUGUGAAAAAACGUACAAACGAAAGUCAGAAUUAAUAAGGCAUACAAUGGUUCAUACUGGAGAAAGACCAUACGAGUGUAAAGAAUGCCUAAUGACCUUUCGCGAAAAGGCAAAAUUAAAUUCUCAUAUGCUUGUCCACACAGGUGAAAAACCACAUACAUGUCAGAUAUGUCAUAAGGCUUGUGCUCGAAAAUCAGAUCUUAAUAGCCAUAUGCUAUUACAUACCGGGGGUCAAUAUGAUUGUGCAGUCUGCGAUAAAAUAUUUACACGUAAAUCGGAUUUAAAUCGACAUACUUUGAUACAUACGGGCGAAAAGCCAUUUGCAUGCGAGCUAUGUAAUAUGGCCUUUAGAGAAAAAACUAGAUUAAAUUCUCAUAUGCUUAUGCAUACUGGCGAUAAACGGCACGUCUGUCAUAUUUGUGAAAAAUCCUUCAAAGAGAAAUCUUCGUUGCGGAAACAUAUGUUAAUUCACACUGGUGAUAGACCACACGAAUGCUAUAUAUGUCAUAAAACAUUUAUUCAGAAAACAACGUUAAAUAGUCAUAUAUUAGUACACGCAGCAGAACGACCAUUUGAAUGUAGUGCAUGUCAGAAAAUAUUUAAGGAUAAAGCAAUGUUGAAAAAACAUUUAUCCGUGCACACAAACGAAAAAACCCAUGAAUGCCUGAUUUGUUUAAAAAAGUUCACCCAUAAAGCUGCAUUAAAUAGUCAUUUAUCAACAAAUCAUACAUCGUAAUCAACGGGAUCUAGUCUAUUAUAUUUCGGCUUUUAGUUUCUUUCUAUUAAGCACUGUUCGUAUAUAGCCGCGUAAAGAUGAUUACGUCUAUCUACAUCUGUUUUAUAUGCUGACCGACCCAAAUGACCAUAUACUUUUCUGUAUAUCUUUACGUACAAUAAAUUAAUUUCUAAAUAA